AUGGCGCCCAAGGAGAUUGAAGAGAUGCUCCUGCGUGAAGGCAGCAAAGUCUCUCCUGACAAGUACGAUGAAACCACGGAGUCUGUGGACGCUCGUCAGAGGAGAACCGAGCUACUGAUACCUCUCCUGGCGGCCUGUCGUGAGGUAUGGACCUCCCAUAGCCAGGAAGACCUGGAGCUCAUGGCCGAGAAGCUGGGCGAUGGCAGCAGAGAUGUGGCAUGGCGAGGCCCGUUUGGUGAUUCUGGCAUCUUGGAGUUCUUCCUUCGUGUCCUCGCUGGCGGCUCUCUGGAGCAGGGCUUGAAAAUUCAUAUACUGCGGCUGGUGGGAAACUCUUGUGCAGAUACAGACGAGAACCGUGCGAGAGUGAUUCAAGGAAACCACCUCGUUACCGUCAUCAAUCACCUGCAAGAUGAGAGCUUGAUACCCUUUACAAUUCCCGUCUUGUUCAACAUCUUGGUUGACUACGAACCUGCACAGCUUGCCGCCUCACAGGCCAACCUCAACCAGCGACUCAUCGAUCUCUUGUCCUCCCCAACCCUGGCCAACUUCAUCGUCUUCGUCCCCUAUUUCUGCAAGAUUCUCGCUCUGCUUGUUAGUCAAGAAGGCGAAGCAGCUCGUGCAAGUCCCCGAACAGUGGAGAUUCUGCUCACACUGGCCACGGGCCUGCCGUCUCGAGAUGACAUUGACGACUUCAUCUCUCUCGUCUCGGUGGCCGGCGCUUACCUUGCCGAUGACAAGUUCCAGGCCGCCCUGAUCCAGGGACCUUUGAUGCAGCUCUUCCUCUCCACCUUUUACCACGCUCACACUCACUUUAACGCGCUCGAAAUCGACGACGCCGAUACGCAAGCAUCCCUGAAGAAGCUCUACUCUAGCCUUCUCGUCAGCUUGGCGGACAUCACCGGCAACGACCUGUUCGCCUCAUGCUACCCACUGCAGAGCCCCGUUGCCCAAAACUUUCUUGCUUGGCUACAGAGCUCGAACCUCCAGCUCCAGACGGCGGCGUGCCUCGCCCUGGGCAACCUCUCCCGCUCAGAUGAAGCCACCACCUCUCUUGUUCAGGCUUACUUUGCGCAUGGCCCCCUGAUAAGGCUCCUCUCGAAUCAAGACGUCACCGACGCACAGCUUCUCCACUCAGCAUUGUCUUUCUUGAAAAACCUUGCCAUUCCGCUUCAGAACAAGCCGCUUCUCGGUGACUUGCUGGACGUCACAUGUGUCCCGCGGCUGUACAGCUUGGAUGCCUCGCCCCAGGUGCAGUUUGCCGCCGUGUCUCUGACUCGGUUGCUUCUCCUCAACUGCCCGGCCAACGUUGCUCGUAUUUGUGCUCCUCUCAGCGCAGACCCGGCCAGCCCAGCCCGUGAACGCUCCAGUGUGAGCGGCGUCAUUGCUCUUUACGAGCGCUCCGAUGCUGAGCCCACGAGGCUCGAGGCUGCCCGAGCUGUAGCCGCCACAUGCCGGAUGCUUCACUCUGGCCCAGUCGUGCCUUUACUGCCAGACUGGGAGCGCCCAACUAGCAAAGACGGCACAGCAUCGUCCGAGCCUGAAGAAAACAAACGCCGUGAAUACUUUUACAGCAAGCACGACGUUGCUAGGGUUCUCUCGUUCCUGAUUGUCCAGCAGAAAUGGCCAAGUCUUCGCUCAGAAGCUUGGUUCGUCUUUGCUCUCAUGUGUCGUUCCAAGGAGGGAGGUCGCGUCAUCGUGGAGCUGCUCUCCAUCCACGGCACCAUGGCGGAGCUCAUCAAGGCCAUCACCGGAAGAGAGACUCCCCUCGGCGAGGUGGGAGGCAACGACCAGAUCGAGGAAGCGCCAUACGCGCUGGCCGCUCCCGACGGCCAGAUCACGUCCAUGGCGGAGGGCCUGGGACUCGAGCCUCAACAGGCUGAUCCCAAGCAGAAGGAGAGCAUGCUUCGGGUGGAUCGAGAGAAUGCUCUGGUGAUGUGCACGGAGCUUCUGCGGACGUGGGGCGAUCAACUGCCUGGUCUGAGGCUGAGCAUCUUGCAAGAUCUGGUCAAGGAGGGCACGGAGAUUGUGGCUGCGCAGAAGGCGAUGGCAUCGUAA